CAUCCUAUUCUUAGCUGUGCUUAUAGUCAUAGAGAUUCUGCUGCUUAAUUAAAAAACAAUAUUGAAAUAUUUUUCUCAGUGUAAUUGUAUUUGUCCUGGGAAAGUUUAGAAAGUGUGGCUUUUUUUUUUUGUCUGGGGAAGAAGAGGGGUUUGGUAAACCGACUUUGAGAAAUGUGGGAUUGAGGACAGGACAGAUUGAUUUACAGUCAGCAAAAGCCACUUUCUGUGCUUUUUUUUCUUUCCUUCGUUGAAUGAAAAGCUAGAUCGGUACGCGAAUUCUCCUGCCAUUUCCUUUUUCCCGGGAAAAAUUUGCCCAAGAAUUGUUUGUUUGUUGGGUGUUUGGUGGAGGAAAAUGUUGUGAAGCUGACCUCAGAAAUUCAAUGCCUUUUUUAUUCUGUGUCUCUCUGUCUCUAAAGUGUCGCAGUUAGAUCUGCGUUUGCCUUUGCUCGAUACGCAUUCGGGCAUUCUCUCGCUAAUUCUCUCGGAUCAGGUUUGAAAUCUUGAGGCUGAUUUGGAAAAGUUUGAAUUUUUUGUGUUUGAAUUGGUUUUCGUGUUAAUUAUACAAAGGAGGAUACUGGGUUUGGAUUCUUAGAGAGGUUAUUGAUUCCAAGCAAUUUGCAUUUUGGUUGAGUUGGACUAUAUAUAAUCAUAAGGUCUUUAGGUAUUAGAGUUUAAUAUGCUUUUGAGACGGACACAAUAGCUUGAAGGUUUUGUGCCUAAGACUUUGUUUUCAUGGAAGAUAUGGCGUCGGGGGAAGGGAGGCGCCAUCGUCAUAAUCUUGUGCCACUUGCUGCACUGAUCAGCAGAGAGAUGAGGAGUGAGAAGAUGGAGAAGCCCACUGUGAGAUAUGGUAAUGCGGCACAGUCUAGGAAAGGGGAGGAUUAUUUCCUGAUUAAGACUGAUUGCCAGCGAGUCCCGGGGAAUUCAUCGUCAACAUUCUCUGUAUUUGCGAUCUUUGAUGGGCACAAUGGAAAUGCUGCUGCCAUUUUCACAAGGGAGCAUUUGUUGAAUCAUGUGUUGGGUGCUAUCCCCCGUGGACUUAGUCGUGAGGAGUGGCUUCAAGCUUUACCUCGUGCAUUGGUUGCUGGGUUUGUGAAGACCGACAAGGAAUUCCAGAGCAGAGGAGAAACAUCUGGAACCACAGCUACAUUUGUAAUAGUUGAUGGAUGGACUGUGACUGUUGCAUCUGUUGGAGACUCCCGUUGUAUUUUGGAUACUCAGGGUGGCACUGUCUCCAACUUAACUGUUGAUCAUAGACUUGAAGAGAAUGUUGAAGAGAGGGAACGUGUUACUGCAAGUGGAGGUGAAGUGGGGAGGCUUAGUAUUUUGGGGGGUGCUGAGAUUGGUCCCCUCCGUUGUUGGCCGGGGGGUUUAUGCCUUUCUAGGUCAAUUGGAGACAUGGAUGUGGGAGAGUACAUAGUGCCAAUCCCAUAUGUCAAACAAGUGAAGCUAUCAAAAGCAGGUGGGAGACUUAUAAUUGCUUCUGAUGGUAUCUGGGAUGCCCUAUCCUCGGAAAUGGCUGCAAAAUCUUGUCGUGGGUUGCCUGCUGAACUUGCUGCUAGACAAGUUGUGAAGGAAGCAUUAAGGACAAGGGGCUUGAAGGAUGAUACAACCUGCAUAGUUGUUGACAUAAUUCCUCCUGAUAAUUCGGUACAGCCUUCAACUCCUAAAAAACAGAACAGGCUGAGAGCUCUAUUUUCCAUGAAGAGGUCCCACAGUUCUGCUAAUAAGCUAUCAAAGAAGCUAUCAGCUGUAGGUAUAGUGGAAGAAUUGUUUGAAGAAGGCUCAGCAAUGCUUGCCGAAAGACUGGGAAAUGAUGAGACGACGACCCAAUCGACAUCUGGCAUUUUCAUGUGUGCUGUAUGCCAAGUAGACCUUGCGCCAAGUGAGGGCAUCUCCGUUCAUGCUGGAGGCAUCUUCUCCACCAGCUCAACGCCCUGGCAAGGGCCUUUCCUUUGUGCUGAUUGUCGUAAUAAGAAGGACGCAAUGGAAGGAAAACGCCCCAGUGGAGUUAAAGUGGCAUAGCUCCUAUAUUAUUUUACCCUAUUCUUUACCUUUUAAUUCUUUUUUUUUUUUUUGUUGAAAUCUCCAUUUUCGUAGGCCAGCAAUUGUUUGAAUCUUACAACGAUGUUGCAUCAAAUGUAUAUGUAAUAUCCGCAAAUAAUGUAAGAUAGUUUUAGCAUUCUAUUAAUAGAAAGUUUAAGCAGCAA